UCUAUGGGUGGUGUUAGUACGCGUCUGUUUCAACUCCCAGCCUGACAGAAUUUGAUUUUUUUUUUGUGUGUGUGUGUAACCACGACUACACAGUGGCUGCCAAGGCUUACCCAUGAGUUAAACCUUCUUUAGUUGGUAAUGAGGAAGGCGUGGGCUCUAGCAGUGGACACCCGAAGGCAGCAGUGGGUGAAAACAAGCAAAAUAAACAAAAGUUUGGCUGUGAGAAGGUGCUAGACAGCCAGCCAUAGUGACUAGGAGGCAGGCACCACCACCAUCACCACCACAGGGAAGUGAGAGAUGGGGAGGAGGAUUUAAAAGGACAUGUUUGCAGUGCGCUGUCAGCCCUCACCUGCGCCGCCUCCCCCAGUGAGCGGGUGUAGGCCUGGGAAUAGAACAUAUGCAGACAUCUUGUCAGUGCUGUGUAUGUCUGUUUGUCGAUGGUCAAGAAGGAACGUAGCAAAAAUUUAAGGGUAUCAUCAUCCCAAACAAAACGACACAGGGCACGGAAUUUGGUAGUUGAUUGGAGUUUGAGUGGUGAGCAGUAUGGGAUUCGGCCGCGUGCACCGCCUGUUCCUGCAAGUGAUGCUGCAGCGGCGGUCUGUGGACGAGAGUGAGGCGCAGGGAUUGUUGGGGAACUGCUGCAAGGAGUAUGGGGAGGCCAUGCAGGAGCUGGAGCCAUUCAUAUACGAGGUGAACAAGGAGCUGGAAAGUGUGGAGCUGGCCCUCAAGACCACUGUGGAGGAGAGGGAGGAUGGUGACUACCCCUGCCUGGUGCUGGUGAACCUCAUGACGGGUGAGGUUAACAGGGCACUGUCACCCUUCUCCCAACAAGAGCUAAACUUUGUGCAGCUGCUGGUGGCAAAGUUGGUGACCUCGAAUGAUGGGGAGGUAAAGAUGAAUACUGCCAUCAACCUUUGUCUCUUAAUCAAGCAGAAGAUGAAAGUCAGUGCGUGUGAGAAACUGAUUGAACGCCUGGUGGAGGACAAGUGGCUGCUUCAGACCACCUAUGACAGUGGUGACGUGUAUCUGUCCCUGAGCAGCCUCAUCGUUGCUGAGAUCAAUACCUACCUGGAGGAGACCUAUGCUGACGACAUCCACAAGUGUUUCUUCUGUACCAAACUCACUUUUAAGGGGUACCAGUGCCACCAGUGCAAGGUGGCUAUGCAUCGCAACUGUGCCAAGAAGUAUUGGCAGACUAGCAAGAAGGCCAACUCCUGUCCCAGUGGAAGCUGUGAUGCGUACCUGGGCCCGGUCUCCUCUCCAGCCUCUCCAAGCAAGCGAAGCAGGGUGAUGUCAGACAGCAGUGAUGAAAUGGAAGAGGAGGAAGAGAGCAUGGAAAAGGAGGAGGAGCAGAAGCCGGUAGUUCAGAAGAGAAGAAACAGUCUACGAAGGGGAAAAGAAAAAGUGAAUUAUGAAGAGGAGUAAGACAGUGUUGGUCUGUGUUUGUGUAGUUUCAUCUUCAUUACUUUUUAACAGACAGGCUUCAGUGGUGGUCCUAAUAGAUCUAAGAACUUCCUUUGAAUCUACUUCGUCAUUAUAUUGUAGUACGGUAUAGUGGGAGUUACUAGAGUAUUCAGUGGUGCAUACAUGAUUCUAUGUGUGUGUUGUCUCAUCUUCAUUACUUUUUAAUAGACCAGCUUCCACUGUAUCAUCAUUGUCAUUGUUAUUUCAUUCAGUUAAGGAUGCUACGUGAAAUGAUGAUGUGGCAGUGGUGGAAGUUAUUAGAGUUUUCAAGGGUGCUUUCAUGAUUCUAGGGUGAUGGUUUGGCAAGGAUUGUGGCUUGUCAUUGUGGUGGUCCAAAAAACCCUAAGAACUGCCACUAAAUCAUCUUGUCAUCAUUAUUUUGUCCAGUAAGAAUGUUAUGUUGUGAUAAUGGUGUGUUGAUUGUGGAAGUUACUUGGGUUUUGAAGGGUGCUCUCAUCGUUCUUGUGUGAUGGGUUGGCAAGGAUUGUGCAUCAUCAGUGAGUGAAAGCAUCCUGGGAAGCAAACGAUCCAUGGUAUUUAAAAAGACUUGAAACGUGGGACUACUUUGGGUGGCUUGCAAAAUACAUGUUUGGUUUGUGGAUUGUACAUGAACAUUAUGAUCAUUACUGACCUCACCUUGAGAGAGAGAAUACAUAGAUGAUCAUCAUUAUCAUCAUCACCAUCACCAUCACCAUCACCACCAUCAUCAUCAUCAUCAUCAUGUUUCUCAGUGUUUUGCAGCAAAUGGACAUUGUUGGGAAGAGGACUGUAUGUAGGUGUUUUUCUUAUACACAUAGAAAGACUAUAGAUGUAAAAAUAUAGAUGUGAGGGAACUAUAUUAUUAUAGCUCAGGUACUGUAAAAUAUAAUUAGAUACACACAUACACAUACAGAAAGGAAAAUAAAAUACUUUUUUUUUUUCCACAUUGUAAUGACUUAAUUAUUUAUCGCAGGUUUUCACAUUGACAUUGUUACAUUCCCUUGUGAGAAAAAUUGUGCCCUCUUUUUCCCAGCACUCUUUAGCUGCCCCUCCAUCCAUGCCUCAAUCUCUCUACCACCCUUGCUGAGCCUAUACCCCAUUCCCCUCAUUACAUCCCCUCUCACACCUUCAGUCCCCAUAUUUUUUUUUCCCCAUCCCUUCCCUUCAGUCUCUCCUCAAAGCCUUAAUUCCUUUCCCCCUAGUCAGUCUACAUUUCGUCUUUCCCCUCCUUCCCAUUCCUCAUCCCUUUGUGAGCUCCUCCUCCCUUCUCCCCAGCCUUCCUAAGCCCCCUCCCCAUCCCCCCAUGCCUCAUAGCGCAGUUCAGUGAGGAGGUCGUUGAUGUCCUCCACCACUUUCCCCAACUGUCCUCUCAGCUCCCUCACUUUGCUCUGCUCCAGCUCUCCACUCCCCACCUCCUCCACCAUCUGCCUGGCCAGCUGCUGGUGAACCGUCUGUGGGGGAGAGGUGCAGUGAAUCUUUGUGUAGGAUAGAAGAGAAAUAGUGAGGGAGAGAGAGAAUUUUGCAUCUUGGAGAUUAUGAUUAAAGAAUUUUUGUGUUUAUGAGUGUACAAUGUGGAGAAACUGUCUAUGGGAGGGAGAGAGUGAAUGUCAGUACAAUUUUUGUUUCUGUUUUGUGGUGAAUCUUUUGUGCCUUUAUGUUGUAUUGUUUAUACUUUUUAGUGUUUAUGAGUAAUGUAUUAUUUCUAAUGGGAAAAAUGGUGGUGGGAAAAAUGGUGGUGGCGGACAGACAGACAGACAUCCAUGAAAUGUACAAAUUGAGAAUGGACAAACUUUGUACUGAAUGUAGUUAAUAUUUUCUAAGUUUGUCAAUAAACUAAGUAAGAUUAAAGAUUUUCCGAGUGUAUGAGCAGAAGCAUCUGAAAGGAAAGGUGGAGUAAAGGUUGUAUCAGUGAGAAUGCAUGAUGAGAGGAAAGAUUGUGUCGAUGAGUACAUGAGGAAAAACUGUCUGUGGAGAGAAAGGUGGAGUAAAGGUUGUAUCAGUGGGAAUGAAUGAUGAGAGGAAAGAUUGUAUCAAUGACUGAGGAAAAUUGGUCUGAGAGGGAAAGGUGGAGUAAAUUUUGUCUGUUUAUGAUAAAAGAUUUGCAUUUAAGUGUGACAGAGAGGAAAGGAUAUGGCUAGAUAUAAAGAAACAGUAUGUAUGGUAUGGGUGUACAGAUUUGUGGAAAAUAAUUCUUACACAAUUUUGUCCAAAAAAAAAACCCCACGUGUUACUUUUAUAUAAAACUAAUACUAUUUGUGUUUCUUUUUUUUUUUUUAUCAAAUAUCACAGGUUAUAAAGAAAUGUGUAUAGUUUUCCAAGAUUAUGGAGGUUUUAUGAGCCAUUCUCUCUCUCUCUCUCUCUCUCUCUCUCUCUCUCUCUCUCUCUCUCUCUCUCUCUCUCUCUCUCUCUCUCUCUCUCUCUCUCCUAUAACCAGUGAAAACAGUGUCUACAAAAAAAUAUACAUCAGCUUAAUUUAAAAAUAAUGGUUUAAUUUAGCAUUAAAAGCCAAGACAUUAAAAAUCUGACUCGAUCCUGAUAAAAUAAAAUAGAAAAACAUCCACACAGAAUACUUGCACUGCAUUCCCUCUCCUUUUCCCUGAGAUUUGUUACAAGUGGCUUAACAAUCUUGAAUCUAAAUUUGAAUCUCCUCACCUUGCAUCACAUUCCUCCUCUUCUUUUCCUUGUAAUCCAUAUUAUAAUUGGCUAUGUACUCUUGAAACUAAAUCUGAAUUGACACAGAAAACACUCUAUAUAUGACAUUCCUUUUCAUUUUCCUUAUGCUUUGUGUUAUAUCUACCUAUCUAUCUAUAUACCAUGGUGCCAGUCCCAUGCUAAACAUGGGGUGGCCCAGACAAAGCACCACACUUACACAUGAUUCACACUCCUAGCUCUGUAAUUGGCUAAAUAAACUCUUGAAUCCGA